CAUGGGUUCCAGGAUAGUAUGAUCCCACUAAUUUUUUCCUUCUUGACUACUCUGAAAGCCAUUCUGGUCAUGCUUAUAGGGAGCAGUGAACAGAAAGGUGGCUGCCUUUAAUAUGAAUCUUGCAAGCAGCCAUUCUCAUAGUGUUUUCACUUGUGUCAUUGAAAGUAAGGUGGGUAUUUGAGUUCUUUCUGUUGUUUUGGGUUUUCUGUAUGAGAGGUAUCGAAAUGGGUUAUGGACAUGCAUGGAAAAAAAGACUCUUAACUGAAGUUUCAUUUGUAGUGGGAAUCCCAAGUUGUAACUCAUCACAGAUUUGCUUGGCUAGAUCUUGUUGAUCUGACUGGGUCAGAGAGGUAAUACCAUUCAUAAAUUGUUCUGUUGUAAACUGGAGGGUUUUACAAUGGAAAAGAUAGAUACUGAAUGAAAAAAUUUCCCUUCUUUUGUCACACUUUUGGUUUUUCUAUAGCAGGAAGAAGAGUUCAGGUGCCGAAGGUGAACAUCUCAAGGAAGCCACAUCAACAGUUGAAGGUGUUCGAGCUCCGUUUGGGAGAAUCCCUUAUUAUGUGAUGUGGCUUGUUUACCUAUUUUCUUAAUGACAAGAAUACCCUUCAGGGUUAUGAUGUUCCUAUUAUACCCUUCUCCAUCGUUACCCUUUAAACCCCAAAUAACACAGAUCAUUUCAUACAUCUUCUCCAUUGCUACCAACAAACCCUAAAUACUGCAAACAGAUGCAGUGAAGAGCACCAUGUGAAUCCUGCUCGCAUUAACAACCAUCGUACGGCCAGGAGACAACCUUCAUCAUUACGAUUGGUGGCAGCGAUGGCGACGUCGGGAUACCCCUAUACAGUUCUGCAACUUAGGGAGUUUUGGUGGUGAACUAAAUUGCACAGUUGGUGCACUGCAACUAUGUUCUGUGAACCAGAGGGCAAAAAAAAGUGGAGCUUCUGUGGUGAACUGAAAUUUGAACAGUCCGACGAGUUCAAGCGACUAUGUGAGAACCCGGGAAACUAAGAAUGAUUCACUAGGAGGGAAUUGAAAAACAGUUAUAAUUGCAAAUAUAAGUCUAUCUAAUUGCUAUUCAUUGGAGACACUAAGUACGCUAAAAUUUGCUCAACGUGCGAAAUUCAUCAAGAACAAUGUAUGUGACAGUGCUUGGUCAUUUUCCAUGUCUGUUUGGGUUAUAGAGAAGUGAAAUAGUAGUCAUGUCAGGACCCAGGAGAGGGCAGAUUGAUGCUGUCCUAUUUAUGUCAUUUUCAUAUUUGGGGACACAGUAGAAGGCUAAUGAAUUCCCUAUUCAACAGCCCAAGAUUAAGACUUCUUGGUUUUUAUCUUAUGGAUUGGAGGGUUAGAUAAUCAAAUUUUUUCCUCUCUUGACUGAAUGCUGAGUUCUGACAUGUGAACUAGGCCUCGUGGAGGUGUGGCAGCAGUGUGGACAGCUCCUAACCAUCAUCUCCUGACACGAGUCUUCCUCGAAUUAUUAUUCAGUCUAUUCAAUAGGAUAACCUCUCUAAUUAUUUAUUCUCCAGGCAAUUGAAAAUGAAGAUGUUUCUGGAGAUGUUCUUGCCUUGCAUAUGCAGAUUCAGCAACUCAAGGUUAAAAUUGUUCGUGGAAGAUGGCGAAAAAGAGAUGAUGAAUGAACAAAUCAUGAUAUUACAGAUUACUGAAGCAUUAGAUUGGAAACUUGUGCAUGAAGCAGAUUCUUGGAUAAAUCAGAAAGGAAGCUUAAAUUUGGAUGCUGCUGCAAGUGGCGAGGCGAACCUGCUGAUUUCCAGUCAAGUACCUGGAGGCAAAGCUAUUAACCCAAAUGUGACUAAGGCCGUCGAAGUUGCAAGGCAACAUGGCAUUCUUGUAAUUUGGGUUGUCCGGGGACAUGACCCGAUGGGAAGAGAUGUGGAAAUCUUCCGGUUGCAUUUGUAUGGUAAAGACAAAGAAACACCACUAGUUAAGAAGCGAAGUGUUGGGGCAGAAUUGGUUGAUGACUUAGAGAUCUAAGAAGGAGUUCAAACCCCUAAAUGUAUCAGGCAAAGUCUUUGAAGCAGUUCAGUUGGACCACCCAUCUGUAUGAGUUAUUGCUGAUGCCACCACAACUUUUACACCUUGGAGUUGCAACACUGACACUGGAGUGGUGAAUUUAGUGCAUAAGUCUGUCCUCUGAAUAGUAUUGCAGAUGCCCUACCUUGGAAGGCCCUGUUAAUUACAUGUCUGACAGAUUGACCACAUUCCAAAAAUAUAUAGAAAUGCUAGUUUAUCUAUAUGUACUGUUGUUGUAUGACUCAUGAUGAUCAGUGAUGAUCUAUCUAUGUUUGAUUUUCUUGAAGGGAUCGAUGAUCUGUGAUGUAAUAAGUAGAACUUCUGAUCUGGCUAUAAAAUAAGGAGUUCAUUGUGUUUGCCACCGGCAAA